AUGGGCAACCCCGACGCUCUAGUUACAACUAGUCAAUGUUGCGCUACAGUCGUACGGCGACCACUCCUUGCAAAUAUCGUAUUUCGGUUAAAUAUCGAACUAAAAGCGUCUUCAAACCGAGUUGAUUGGAAACUCCCCGGUUCGGUUAUUGCCCCUAUUGGCACCAUGCUACGCCAAUUACCAAACCUUGCGCACUUAGAACUCCGUGUCUUAGGGACUUCGCUUUCUGAGAUACUUUCUGGCUGCCCGUUUUCUUUGAAGACGUUCUCUUGCGAUACAUGUGACCCUCGACCCCUACAUAAUUUCCUUAUCAACCAACCCGAACUUACUGAACUUCACUUGGUCGGGCCCACGCAGCCGGUCGGCUCAUUUUUCCUUAACCACCGAUACGGCCAAAAGAUACGCAAAGUGUCUGGCACUUUGGACGUGGUCGCUUCCGUAGCACCUGGACGGCCCGUCGAGGAAAUUCGGAUUGUUGACGCAUUCCUAAACACCGAGAUGAUACGGACAAGAAUCAGCCUUCUUACUGCCUCGAAAUCUACAAUCAAAACAUUCAGAAUAGUCACGGUCAUAUGUCAAGUGAGCAUGAUCGAGGUAAUUGCGGAGCAUUUACCGAACAUAGAAGUACUGGGAUUACACGUUCUGGCACCAAGUGACCGGCAUAUACCCUAUGUGAAUCUGCUGGAUUCGAUAGCCCCAGUCAUCAAAAUGCUUCCCCGCCUAGAAAGACUAGAUGCUUGUGGGACCGAUGAGUACGAGCAUGCGCACUGGCUUGAGCACUUGGCCAAAGAACGAAGGCUGUUGGAAAUUUGGAGCUCAAUAUCUGGGACACUAUCAUUCGUAAAAUUCCCUACUGGAGCUGAAUGGGCAAGGCGAAAUGGAACCUGGGCGCAUGUACACGCCACGCCAAACAUGUAUACCAUCGAGCAUCACUCACACACAAAGCCAGAAUCCAAGUGGUUUGAUUCAUAG